AAAGGCACAUCCUUCAGCAAUGGACAAUACUUAUUCAGAUGUCCAUGUGGAAAAUGAUAACACAGAGCAUAUCAGAGGGAAAAGACUUUCCUCCAUUUUAAAGGCUCCRCGAAGUCCCCUUCAUGACCUUGGAAGUGGGAAUGAAUUCACUCAGGAUAUCAAUGUGGAAAAACGUCGGAAAAACUCUCGACGUGUCAGCUUUGCAGACACCAUAAACUGCAGAGUCUUCCAGAGAGAUCAUAAGACUGAUGUGGCAGAGAAAGAAAAUACAGACUUGGAGUGUGUGGGAGAUACAAGGAAACAAGUCCUGCUUAAUCAAAAUGAAGAACAAGAACCUGAAGCUGUUCAGUGUGAGAUCACUGGGAUGGACACUUUGCUUCAUGCCCCUAUCCAGGCAUUGGUGCAGCCGACUGAGUGGCACAGUGCAGAAAACACCACUCAAAGAACAAAUAGGCAUGACACAACAGUGAUCUUUUCAGAUGAAAAUGAAAUGGAUAUGACAGCUCCUCACACUGCAGUGAUUACACAUGGCCUGGAAAACAAUCAGACAGACACAGCUGAGAAUAUCCCAUCAGUCCUGGCUGGGUUAAAGUCUAACGAUGGAAAGUCAGAAAUGAACAAAGAAAUUCAUUUUUCCUGUGAUCCUUCAAACAGUUCGUACCCAUCUUCUGAAGAGAAACCAGAUGCAGGAAAGAAAAUAAAUUUCAAUGCAUUUUUGAUGAGCCUGAAGUCAAAUAAAAAGGUGCUAAAUCCUAUUGAAGGACCUGAAAAAGAGAACCUGUUUUUUGGUCCUUCACAAAUUUCAGAAGACGUGACACCAUCAUCAGCUGGAUACCUAUGUUCUCAUGAACCUGAAGCUACCUGCAACAUGAAGUCAAAUAAAAAGGUGCUUAAUCCUACUGAAGGACCUGAAAAAGAGAACCUUUUUUUUGGUCCUUCACAAAUUUCAGAGGACAUGGCACCAUCAUCAGCUGGAUGCCUCUGUUCUCACAAACCAGAAGCAGCCCGCAACAUGAAGUCAAAUAAAAAGGUGCUUAAUCCUAUUGAAGGACCUGAAAAGGAGAACCUUUUUUUUGGUCCCUCACAAGUUUCGGAAGAUGUGGCACYGCCAUCAGCAGGAUACCUAUGUUCUCAUGAACCAGAAGCCACCUGCAACGUGACAAAAAUCUUUAGUGGGCARGAUGAUGGGAUGGAAAUGACAACGUGUCAGGCAUCUGAUGUUAAGCCUGUGUUUCCUGGCUCUUGUGAGGCUCCACCAGAGCAAUUGGUGUGUGCAGAUGUUACUGAGGCAUUUGUAGAUGACGGUAUGGAUAUGACAAUUAAUUAUACUGCAAAACUCUCUUUUCCCUCCUCCAAUAUUGAGAGUCRAAGUCUGAACUUCCAAAAGGAUUUUCCAGCCACAGAAUUAGGUAAUAAUUCUUUUGGUCCUUCACAAGUUUCAGAAGAUGGGGCACCAUCAUCAGUGGGAUACCUGUAUUCUCACGAACCAGAAGCCACCUGCAACGUGACAAAAAUCUUUAGUGGGCARGAUGAUGGGAUGGAAAUGACAACGUGUCAGGCAUCUGAUGUUAAGCCUGUGUUUCCUGGCUCUUGUGAGGCUGCACCAGAGCAAUUGGUGUGUGCAGAUGUUACUGAGGCAUUUGUAGAUGAUGGCAUGGAUAUGACAAUUAAUCAUACUGCAAAGCUCUCUUUUCCUUUCUCCAAUAUUGAGAGUCGAAGUCUGAACUUCCAAAAGGAUUUCCCAGCCACAGAAUUAGGUAAUAAUUCUAUAUUAAAGAGAACACCUAAGCUGCAAUUGCUUGUUCAGGAGAACCCCCAGCUUUGUACAGACAAGACCAUGGUAAAUACUGAAAACAGGCUAGAUGCUACAGUGCUACAAGCUGUUGACCAACAACCUCAACCAAUGCCUGUGAUUCCAGGAUCUGCUUCCUUUGACACCGUCUUCCAAUGUGAUAAAACUGUUGCUUUUUCUAUGGGUGAUGACAUGGAAAUCACUGGGAAUUAUACAGGUGUAAUAGACAAUGAAAGCACCAAGGAAGUUGGCAGUUUGUGUAGUAAAGCUAUCGAAAAAACAGCUCAUGCAAAAUCUUUGCUAGUAGAACAUUCACACCCGGUAUGUGGUGAUGAUGAUAGGGACGUUGCAAAAAAUCUAGCUGAUAAUUUUAUCCCAAAAGUUCUCUGUGGUGGUAAACUGAACUUGGAUAAAGAGGCUGGACAGGAGGUUCUUUCAAAUAGCAGAGCUACUACUGUGUUUGCUAUGGGUGAUAUGGAAAACACAGAAACCCGUAAUGGACCUUUGCAAAAAAUUGCUCCGCAAGGUAGGCAGCACAACCAGUCCGUUUCUUUAACUUCCAUUGAUAAAACAAUUAUGUUUACAAGUGAACAGAAUGACAUGGAAAUGACUGUUGAUAACAGUAUUCAUAGAAUCUUAUCUCAGGACAGGCUAAACCUUGCUAAGCAGGCUGGAGAGGAGACUGUUUCAAAUGGCAAAACAGUUGUCUUUAUUUUGCCUGAGGAUAUGGAGAUCACCAAAACUCACACUGCUGUAUUAAGUGGUGAGCUGGAUUUACAGGCUAGACCAUCCACUUCUCUUCCUGCUGAUAAAACCAUUCUGUUUUCAGACAGCCAAGAGGAUAUGGAAAUAACUGCCCCUCAUCCUUUUGCUCUUAGCAGUGAUGUUACAGAAUCCAAGAACCAAGAACUGUCGCGUAAAAGCACUCGGCAACUGAGCUCGCAGGGUGUGUUGUCAGCCUCUGGCAGAGAGGGAACAUACUGUGCAAAAGACCUAACUGGGGAAUAUCCUGCAGAGCCUAAGGGUAAAACUGACCCUUCUGCUUCAUCAGCCUCUGUGUUUCCUAGUGAAAAAGAAACUAUUAGAGGCCACAGUGAUGAAGUAGCAGAUUCUGUUUAUGCUGCGGCACUUCCAGAAGACGCUUUGGAUGUCCACACACACCCCAGUCCCACAGGGAACUGCGUUUCUGCAAACGAUCAAGAGCUAGGAAAACUGAAGUCAAGGAGAAUGUCUUUCAAGCUUCCAAGUAAUGGUGUUGUGGAUUUCAGUGAAGGAGGGGAAGAUCUGGUGUCUCAUGUUUCACCUCCUAUCCAGCAGCCAGAUUCUCUGAAGAGCGUGCCUGAUACCCUCGGUACUCGAGGAAACCAAGGCUUGAAAGAUGAUUCAUCUAGACAGGAAGAUCUAGCUACAGAUUUCGCCAUGGACAGAUCAAAAAUCGUUCCAGUUUCUAACAACAAAUCGCAUGAAGAUGAGGUGUUUUCACCUGAAGGGGAGAAACUUCCGGAAGACUUCCCAAUAAACUCCAAACAAACUGGGCAACUUUCAGUCAGUGACAUUCCAGGAGAUCAAAUAGAUCCCACUCUGGUCCCUAAAUUAUCGAGUAUCUUAAACGUUUGUUCAAAGCUGAAAAAUAUCAGAAGGAGAUCUGCAGUUGUGUCUGUUUCUGAAGGAACUUAUGCUGACCACUUGCCUAAGUUAGCAGCUCAAGCAGAGGACACUUUGAGCACAGGAAAAAACACUGCUGAGGAGGAGAAUGUGUGUCUGGAAUCUGCAGCUGCUCCAAUACAGGCAAACUCAGGCAUGGCCCUGAUGGAUAAAUAUCAGGGAAUAAAUGUCCCUCUAGGUAUUUUUCUGCCGAAGUUACCAAACAGAAGAAAUCCUUCUAUUUCUAGUGAGCAAGACAUAAAUGUAAAAUCUUCAGGCAAAAUGGGAGCAGUGAUUUCUGAGGUAAGACCAGACCCUGCAGAAAGCCCAGAUGGCAACAACUGCAGUGAGCAGAACCUGAGCCUUUCUCAGUUUAUAGAAGAAGAAUUUCUUCCCGUCUUCCCAGAAGAAAUGGAUUCAAAUGAAUCUGUAAAUUCUGAACCAGAAGGAGGAUCCCACGAGACGAGCAAAGGAGAAAUUCCUUACAAUGAAAGGACUCAAUCUGAAAACACAAGAGCCUCUAGCAGUCCAAAAAGAGCUUUGGAACACGAUGAAGAGGCCCUUCCACAACUAAAGAAGGUCAAAAUGGAUGAAUCUUUGGAUGGUGAGGCCUCCCAAGCCCUGCAGGUUAUUUCUGCUGCUGUGUCUAAAAGCCAAAUAGAAGUUCACGAAGAUGGAGAUUCUCCAGCUAAAAGCCCUGACUGUACACAGGCCAACACCAGCAGCUCUCUGGAUUCUGUUAAGGCUGACACAGAAUUAACUAUUCAGCGAAGCAGCCAGAUGGAAUCUCACCUUUUCAUGGACAGCAUUUGUGAAGAAAACCUACGGGAGAAACUUCAAAGUGGUAUCAUCACAGUUGGAGAAUUUUUCACUCUUCUUCAAGUCCAUAUUCCAAUUCAGAAGCCCCGGCAGAGUCAUCUUCCAGCCAACUACACAGUGAGCACUCCACCUACUGAAGAAGAUUUGCUUUACAGCCAGUACAUAUAUUGCCCCACGGUGUGUAUUUACGAAGAGGAUUGCCAGGCCCUUUCUCAGAUGAUAGAGGAAUUAAAACCUUAUGCAAGUGUCCAGAAUCAGCUCUUGGUGAAUGUGAACAGGAGCUUGUGGGAAGUGAUGAGAACCUGCUCUGAUGAAGAGCUGAGGAACUUUGGAGCAGAAUUGAACAAAAUGAAAUCCUAUUUCACCAAGGAAAGUAAAAUCCUGGCUCACAAUGGGAAAGUGACACUGUACAGCAAACUGUUGCAGAGCACACAGGAACAAUGGGAGGAACUGCAAAUGAGAAAAACAAAAAUGGAGGAAAUCCUCACAGAGGCAGAGACCUGUCUUGCUGCUCUGGAGGGAGAUUCCAGCUGGGACGAAUUUGAAGCAACAUGUAAUGAAAAGGCGGGAUGCGAGUCUGAAGGGAGAAAAAUAGAUCAAGAAUUGGAAAACCUCAGAGCUCAAGAAGAGCAGCUUCAAAGAGAACUGUCAGAUCUGGAGAGUGAGAAGGAGCAAGUGCUUGCUGAGAUAAACCAGCUGCAGAAGAAAGAAAAAACCUGUGAGAAACUUAUGAACAUGUACAACGACUUCAAUGAGUGGGAAAUUAGUGAAUGGAGUGAUCAGCAGGCAGUCUUUACUUUUCUUUAUGAUUCCAUUGAAUUCAAGGUAGUCUUUGGAUCAGCAAUUGAUGGUGAUGUUUUUGGUGGAAUUCCCUGCAGAAAGAUAGAGAGCAUGGGCUUUGAAUCCCUCCUGGAUGAAGAAGCAGCUCCACUUUCUUCACGUUUAGCCCAAAGGCUCAUUUUCCAGUUUAUUGAAAGCAAAGGAUGCUGGCAGGAAAGGUGCCCCACGCUCCACUACUUGCCCCAGGUGCUUCACGACAUCUCCUUGGUUGUGAGUCGUUGUAAGGCCCUUGGAGAGGAGAUUGAAUUUCUGGAGAAAUGGGGUGGAAAAUUUAAUCUUCUAAAGACAGAUAUCAACAACACAAAAGUGAAGCUUUUGUUCUCCAGCUCUACAGCUUUUGCGAAGUUUGAAUUGACCCUGGUGUUGUCUGCCAGCUACCCCUCAGCUUCGCUGCCUUUUACUGUCCAAACAAAAAUUGGGAACAUUGGAGAGGAGGAGAUUUCUGCUGUUGUGUCCAAGGUACCCACUGGUUACCAAUAUUUGCGGAGAGUGGUCGGCUCGAUUCAUCAGAACCUGCUCCAGGAUCCCAGAUGAUUCACGUGCUGGAUUGAAGGUGUCCAACUGGAUAUUCUUGGCUCCCCUCCCACAGGAAUUCACAGCAGCCUCGCUGCACCAUGAACACUGUUAGCUGCUUAGCUCUUUAUGAAUUUUGCCCAGUAGCUGAUUUCUGGGAUGCUCAGUGUAAGCCCUAAACUCAUCCCUUAGACCAAAGCCUAGAUGCAGAUAUCCCAAGGGCAGGAGGAAGCAUUUAUGCCUCUUAAUUAACCCAGCCUGAUGCUAUUGGACUCCUCCUGUAGUCUUCCAGGUUGCUUUUGUAUAGUCUGAAAUAUAGGUUGAGCCUGGUGCUAACUGAGCUAAUCCCGAAUGAUUUAUGAUGCUGAAGGGCCCUAGCAAUUCUUAACUGUCCAUUUGGUGUAGGCAGCUGAUGA